AUGCGCGGCGAAAUCUGUCAUCUUCACAUAGGCCAGGCUGGUACCCAACUGGGCAAUGCUGCCUGGGAGCUUUAUCUGCUCGAGCAUAAUCUUCUGGCCGAUGGUCAUAUCAAUCCUGAUUAUGUCAAAGAACUUGACCAGAGCGGCUCGUAUGAGACAUUUUUCACUGAGACAGCCAAUGGCAAAUACGUCCCACGCUCCAUCUUUAUCGACCUUGACCCUUCGCCUAUCGACGAGAUACGCACUGGUACCUAUCGCCAUCUGUUCCACCCUGAUCAGCUGAUAAGCGGAAAGGAAGAUGCCGCUAAUAAUUAUGCUCGAGGCCAUUACACUGUUGGUAAAUUGCUCAUGGGGGGGCGUUGUCGACCGGAUUCGCCGCGUAGCUGGUAUAAUUGCGCCUCUCUUCAGGGAUUUCUACUCUUCCAUUCCUUUGGCGGCGGAACAGGUUCCGGUCUCGGUGCACUCUUGCUCGAGCAUCUUUCUACGGAGUAUUCUAAGAAGACCAAACUGGAAUUUGUCGUCUACCCGUCCCCGCGUGUGGCAACUGCAGUGGUGGAACCCUACAAUGCCGUCCUCUCCGCACACGAUACUAUUGAGAACUCUGAUUGCACAUUCCUCGUUGACAAUGAAGCUGUGUACGAUAUCUGUAAGCGCAACCUCGACAUUCCUCGCCCUGGGUAUGACCAUCUCAACCGUGUUGUGGCCCAAGUUGUUAGCUCUGUUACUUCCAGCUUGCGCUUCAAUGGUGCCUUGAAUAUCGACUUAAAUGAGUUUCAGACAAAUCUUGUGCCGUUUCCGCGAAUUCAAUACCCCCUCAUUUCUGCAUGUGCUUCCUCUCCAUUUAAUUCAACUAUGCUUCGUACUAACUACUUGACAGGCUUGGAAUCUAAAAACCACAUGGUUGUUUGCGAUCCACAGAAUGGCAAGUACAUGGCUGUUGCCCUUCUGUACCGAGGUGAUGUUGUGCCUCACGAUUGUACCCAGGCUAUGGCUCACAUUAAGGCCAAAGCCUCUUUCAACUUGGUUGAGUGGUGUCCAACCGGUUUCAAACUGGGGAUUAACAACCAAAAGCCCAUGAACGUCCCUGAGAGCGAGCUUGCUUCUGUCGACCGGUCGGUUACCAUGCUCUCCAACUCCACCGCCAUCGCCGCGGCAUGGCAUCGCCUUGACUACAAAUUUGACCUCAUGUUUUCCAAACGUGCUUUUGUCCACUGGUACGUAGGUGAGGGCAUGGAGGAAGGAGAGUUCUCCGAGGCUCGCGAGGACUUGGCUGCUCUGGAAAAGGAUUAUGAAGAGAUCGCCAGUGAUACUCUCGGCACGGACGUGGAUGUGGGCCUUGAGUACUGA